CCCAGGACUACUCAGGACCUUCGUAUUGUGAGGCAGACGCACUCAACCCCCUUCCACCGUGCUGCCUGAGAAGAAUGAGAAAAUCCAUCCAUCCAUCCAUCCAUUUUCUACCGCUUAUUCCCUUCUAAUCCGGCAAAUUGGUCAUCUUUGACAGCCAAUUUAGAGCAAGAAGAACACGAAAAGCUGUUUGGUUCCAUCCCACUUUUUACUUUGCGAGGAUUAUGAGCCAUUCUUCAUCUAAAAGGGAAUAUAUGAACAAUUCAGAAUCAGAAUCAGCUUUAUUGUCAUUACGCAAGGUAACGAGAUUGAGGCCAUUCCAUACAGUGCGAUGUGUGCAUGCUAGAAAAACAAUGUGCAAAUAUAUAGAAAUAUAAAAAAUGUAGAAGUGCAAUGAAUAUGGUGUGAAAUGAAUAUAUACAUGAAAAAACUAAACAAAAACAGGGUGGUUGGUGGAAUGGGUUAUUGCACCGAAGAGAAGGCAGUUAUGAGGGACAAUGGGGCAGUCCGUUCAGGAUGGUUAUGGCCCUGGGGAAGAAGCUGUUCUUUAGCCUGUUUGUUUUGGUUUUAAUGCACCUGUAGCGCUUCCCAGAGGGUAGCAGGUGGAACAGGUCAGAGCCAGGGUGGGUGCUGUCCUUGAUGAUGGCACUGGCUCUGUUGAGGCAGCGGGAGGUGUAGAUGUCCGUCAGAGAGGGGAGAGGGCGGCCGAUGAUCUUCUGAGCCGUCUUGACCACUCUUUGAACAUCCUAUCAGUCGGGAUCCCAGUGACAGCAGACAUUGUACAGUAAGUGAUGUUUUAUUAUGUCUGUUGGUUCUCAUGAAGUCUGCAGUGAGUAGUAAUCAGUGAUGUUUUCGAAAGGAAAAGUGAACAUUGUGAUGCAUGUGAAAUCAAUGCGCAGCUGUAUGCUAAAAAUGCUCAAUAUGUGUAAAUAUUACAAGUAUUAUUAUAAAUGUGCCUUCUUACAUUACAUAUAUACAUCCAUCCAUCCAUCCAUCCAUUUUCUACCGCUUGUCCCUUUUGGGGUCGCGGGGGGUGCUGGAACCUAUCUCAGCUGCAUUCGGGCGGAAGGCGGUGUACACCCUGGACAAGUCGCCACCUGAUCACAGGGCCAACACAGAUAGACAGACAACAUUCACACUCAUAUUCACACACUAGGGCCAAUUGAGUGUUGCCAAUCAACCUAUCCCCAGGCGCAUGUCUUUGGAGGUGGAAGGAAGCCGGAGUAAAUAAACCCGUGAGGUGUUUCAGUUUAUUUCGAACAUACAUACAAUACAAUGUAAUGCAUCACAUAUUUCCAGUUGUUUUAUUACAGCACGUCCGAAAAGGAGUAGGAAGAAGCAGAGCUUAUUUAAUCCUGCCCCUUUUCAUAUCAUAAAAAUGUUAUCCCAUGUCCUUGUUCUCUGUAACAGAACAGUGAAUAAAUAAAUAAUAUAACAUCAUAAGUAAAAAAAAUAUUAAAGGCAGACUUUUGAUCGCAUUUCUUUCCUAGUUAUAAUGCAUACAAAAAAACAAAAACAACUUGUCAUAUAUAAGGAUUGUGAAUUAUAGGGAAUAUUCCCAAAAAACGUGCUAUUCUCCUAUGAGGUUUGUACAAUUAGUGUACAAAUUUGAAAGGUAUACUAUAGCUAAUACCGUAAUAAUCAAUUAAUAGUACUUAUUUUAUUCCACUUUUUAGUGUGGAUACAAUUACCAAAGGUAAUAACAACUUUUAGCCACACCUACAACAAUAUGCACUUUUUUAUUUAUUUAUUCUCUUGGUUUCGUAAUAUGUAAGGCUUAUAUUGUGUAACACAUUUAUACACAAUCCAAACAGCUAUCGCGUAGGCCUACAUUGUUCCACAUGCUUUAAAUAACUAACACCGGAAAAUGGUAUCAUUCAUAGCUAUGAUAUUAUACGGCUUAUCAAAAAUGUGCCAGGGUUGGAAAUCUGGCACAAACUCCAUUUAGCUGCAAGGACUUUGAUGCAAAGCUCCACUUCCGGAGGAUGAUGCCUUUCACGAUUUGUACUAAAACACGGAAAACUACCAUGUAGGGCAUUUACUUUCAGAAUAAGGGCAUGAAAUGGGAACGAAUAGCCCAAAUAGGACCUAUAAUUUAAUUUAUGUACUCGAAUCAUUUAAAUAUGACAUUAUAUUCGUAUGAGAACAGGAUUAACACCCAAAAACGUUUGUAUUCUAUAUGUUUUACCUCGUGGCGUUGACGCAAUGCUCUUAUUUUGACAGCGUUCGGGUGAUUCUUCCGUGUUACCCACGCAGUGCUUAUUCGUCACAGUAGACGUGCUUGUGAGGUCACAGAGACUCUGUCAGUAGAUAUAAAACCUCUUCAAUUCGCUACAUGAAGCCAGCGAGCUUCAUCUUCGAGUGGAGACAAACGCAACAAUAAAAGAGAACAAAAUGGUGAAGAUAACCUUCCAGGCAGUUUCGGCGCCGAAGGCCGACAAAGACAACGAGGAAGACCACAUCGUUAUACCUCAGGCUCACGAUCAGCAGACUCUUCCAGUCAAGGGCAAGAAGCACUUCCCAACACGACUGUGCUCUCUAAUAUGUGGCGUAGUGGUCCUCAUUGUAGGAUUGACGCUAGCCUCCAUCUAUGCCUACCGUGACUACUACUAUCCUCAGCAGCUCGCAGCGGGAAGAGACUUCUUCCACUGCCGGGUGGUCUUCGAGGACACGGUGUACGCACCACUCCGGGGAAGACAGGAGCUGGAGGAGAACGUGGGCAUCUACUUGGACGAAAACUACGAACAGAUCAGCGUUCCCGUGCCGUACUUUGGAGGCUGCGACCCGGCUGACAUCAUCCACGAUUUUGAAAGGGGCCUGACUGCUUAUUAUGACAUUGCACUGGACAGCUGCUACAUCACUGAGCUGAAUACAACCAUGGUGAUGCGCCCAAGGAACCUAUGGGAGCUGCUUGUCAAUCUCAAGGUAGGGGCGUAUCUCCCUCAUACGUACCUGGUCCGGGAGGAGAUGGUGGUGACGGGCCGUGUUAGGAACAUGAGGCAGCUGGGCCCUUACAUCCACAGGCUGUGUUACAGCAAAGACACGUACCGCCUCCGACGCCGCAGUCAGCAUCAACGUGUGGAGCGGCGUGAGACGAAGAAGUGCCAAAGCAUUCGCCACUUCGAGAAUCCUUACGUGGUGGAAACGAGGAUCUGCAACAGAUUCUAAGCGGACAAGCCAGCACGGAAGUGACUUUCCAACCAUACCUCUUGAAUACCACUUUUAACUGCACUUUACGACUUGCUGAACUUAUUUUCUUUCAUGUUCUGUUUUUAAUUUUAAUAGUCUGUAUUUUUAUGAUGUUAAAUGUUCAGAUAUUUGUGUAGCCUGUCCCGUCGUGCAGGACUUGUUGUGAUUUUAUUUAGGAAUAUGUCAUAAAAAGGCAAACGCAUACCUCAUGUAGAUUAGACGUAAGUCAUGAAUUAUGUACAGUAUGACUUCUGAUUGUUACCAAGCAAUAUAUGAUAUACAUACAUUUUUAAGAGUUAUUUGUUUUAUGGCAAGCAUAAUUUACUGGUGUAUAGUUUGUCUCUUUGCUAUCACACUCCUUGGAGAGAAAUGGCUUUAGACUGUAAGCAAAAGAGUUUUAGCAUCAGAGGUAACCAAAGUGUGCGCCCAGCAGUUUGAUAUGGAGAAUAUCCUGGAAUGUUUGAUAGUUAAGCUCACUCACUGUAGAUGAUAUCCAAAAUCACUUGACUUCAACACAUUGUGUUAUUAUAACAUACACUUUUUGAUUUAUGCCUAUAAUUUGUUACUGUCUUCAACAUCCCAUGCUCAUAUAUUUAUGUAUUGUAUUCUACUGUACAGUCAAUCCUUGUAAUAUUGCUGCUUUAAGAAUAAACAAUUAA